AUGGAGUUUAUUAAGCUACUGAAGAGCAAGAAUGUGCACAUAAUGUGCUACCCUGCCCACACAACCCAUGCGCUGCAACCGGCAGACAAGGCCCUCUUUAAGAGUUUGAAGCACCACUGGGACCAGGAAGGCAGGAAGUGGACGAGGAUGAUGGCGGGGCAGAAGCUGUCAAGGAUGGAAUUUUUUACGGUGUUCAGCAGGGCUUGGGCAAAGGCUGCCACUGUUGAAAAUGCCCAGGCAGGGUUCCGGGGGACAGGGAUGUUCCCACUCAAUAAAGACAUCCUCCCUGAGACUGCUUUUGCCCCCAGCAAGACCACCGAAAGAGUGCUACCAUCCACUCUACCAUCCUCACCCACAAGGCCGCAGUCUCUCCCAACCCUGCCCACUGGACCAUGGUCGCCCCUGCUGACCUUGACCCACUCUGCCCGCCAGCCAUCAGCUCUGCUCUCUGGACAUCAGUCCUCCCAUCCACCAGCCAGACCUCAGUCGCCUGCCGAUCCGCCAGCCAGACUUCAGUCCUCUGCUUCCCUGACACCCCUGCUACCUGUGGAACCACUGUACUUUUUUCCAGAUGAGAAGGUGGUGUUUGAAGAGGUUGUGUUGGAGGAAGUACCGGAGGAAGAUAAUGAUAUCUUCAACCAGUUCACACCACAGGAAGAAACACACUCCCCGGAUGAGGGACCUUCCACCUCCACAUCUGUGACAUUCACUGACUUGAUCACAGUGCCACAAAGGGAGAGAGCCAUCAGAAAACGUAUGAAGCCACCCUCAUAUAAUCUUUCAAGUGAGGAACACAUUGACUAUAUCACAAAAAAAAACAUCCAGCAAGAAACCAGCUAAGCAAGCCAGCAAGUGCCCGCUCAGCAAGCAACCAAAAGGGAAAAGAAAGCAGGAAAAGAAAAGCAAGUCACCUUGCAAAGUUUGCAACACCCACUAUGGUGACCCAGAGGAUCCUAAGGCUACUGAGGAAUGGGUAAAAUGUGACCCUUGUUCUGCCUGGUUUCACGAAACCUGUGGCGAAGAGAAUGGGAUCUGUGCUGACGAUGGGUUCAUUUGCAAAGACUGUCUUUGAAACACCUUUUCAUCACAUACACACACUAAUGAUAUCAAUGUUUUAAUGUUUAAUAUAUCAGUUACCAGUUUUGUAUGAAUUUUUGUAGUUUGCGCAUUUCGUUCAAAAUGUGUUCUUCACACACACACA